UCUAGACACACGCCACUCUCCUCUGCGCAGCGGUCCGUUAAAGUCGCACUGGUUAGGUGCUCUAGCCAGAUAUUUCUUGCGAUGCAUUUCUUUGUCGUGCUCUCCAUGGUCGUGGCCAUGGCCCAGGCAAGCAACGCACCUACCCCUGCUGAGAAGAACAGUUGUUCAGGCCUUAAGGACGAUCGCUCCCUUCUGUCUAGUCUACUAACGGCCACAGGCUACAGUGAUACUUGCGUGACCGCUGCCCUGGACUUGUGUAGCACUGCAAAAGAGGACAGCCACAACACUUCCCACAUGGAGGAGGCAAAGGAAGUGGUGCAGCAGGUCAGUGUUGCUGUAAACAAAUGGGGUUGUCGGCCACGUGACUGCAAGGACUUACUGAACUCUGGGGACAGCGGGAGCGGCUUACGCCACAUAUUCCCUUACCCUGGGCAACCUUUACACCGCGUCACCGUGUUUUGUGACCACACCGUCGACGGCGGGGGAUGGACCGUCUUCCAGCGGCGCACCAGUGAUGCCGUCCGCGAAGAUUUCUACCGCAAUUGGAUAGAGUAUAAGUUGGGCUUCGGUGACCUGGAGGGUGAAUUCUGGAUGGGCCUUGACCUUCUGUACCAGCUAACCAACUCAAACCUGCAGCAGCUACGAAUUGACCUGCACGAUUACGAGGGAGAACAUCGGUGGGCUAAGUACGGAUUCUUCCACGUGGGCGCUCCGGAGACCAAGUUCCGCCUCACUGUUGCAGGUUACAGCGGGGACGCGGGAGACAGCCUCGCAUACCACAACUUCCAGCUGUUCUCCACUCAUGACGCUGACAACGACAAUUUCAGUGGCAGCUGUGCCGAAGGUUGCAAGGGAGCUUAUUGGUAUGAUAAUUGUGCUGAUUCCAACCUCAACGGCUACCAGUACGCUGGCAAUAACACCCCUCGCUUACAAGGCAUCGUCUGGGGUUCCUGGAAAGGUGUUCAUUACUCCCUAAAGGCAACAACAAUGAUGAUUCGCUCAACCUACUGAUCCAAAUGGUGCAACACGGCACGGCACACUGGGAAGCUUCCACACGGACACGCAACACUGCACAAGACCACCAUGGAAACCACUACCACUCUACAAGUAACCUACGUAUCUGACACUAUUCAUUAAUAUUCAGUCAGUGUUGAUAACAAACAUGUGACGUCAACUGGUGAAUAACUCGAGUAACGUUUGCACACCUUGGUCUAUUUCCCUCAUGUUUGCCCUGUCCCCCUGUAAGAUCCACACCAACCUCUAAGACCUAAGUGAUAAGACUGCCUCUUGCCUCAUGUCUUGUUCACAAUCCUGUACACGUAGCUUUAUGUAUUGUCAAGAAAAGGACUCUCUCUCUCUCUCUCUCUCUCUCUCUCUCUCUCUCUCUCUCUCUCUCUCUCUCUCUCUCCUUCACUGUGCAGCAGUGCAUCAUGCUUCUUGCUAACAAAUGUCAUUAACAACAAAACAAGCCGAUAAUAAAUUCAUCAUUGCCUCGAGCAGUCCUUCAUUACUCCAACAACUGACCAAGUGUUCCACUUCACACCAAGAGAGACGCAAACACGCGACAAACGCAGGUGGAAAACGCUACCAAACACUGCUGACUACUGUGUUGAAGGGUGAGAAGCCACGCCCUCAACGGCCCGCCGCGGCCACACAACACCCGCGAAAACAAAGCCUCAUGCCUACUAUUACUACUACUACUACUACUACUACUACUACUACUUUUUCUACUACAUGCUUAAGUCCCACUGAUGACACCUGGCUAACGCACACUACUAAUCUAGGAGGACUAUACAUUCAUGUCCUCGUCAAAACCUGCCACACACGUUCUCUUUAAUCUGUAACUUUUUAGCACUUUAUUUGUCUUUUCUUUUGUCAUAUUUCUGUGGUUUAUGAAGAAAAAUUGUCCUUUUCACUGCCAAAGAAAUGUUCCUUUAACAAGUA